GCUUUUGUUCCUGAUCAUUCAAUAAUUGAUAAUAGUAUGAUAGCCUUCGGGACACAUCACUAUUUGAAAAACAAAGUAUACGGCAAAGUGGGGUAUGUGGCUCUAAAACUAGAUAUGUCGAAUGCGUAUGAUCGCGUGGACUGGACCUUCUUGGAAACCAUGUUAUGGCAGAUGAGUUUUAAUGCUAAAUGGGUGACUCUACUUGUGGAAUGUGUGAAGGCGGUGACUUAUUCUAUUCCGUUUGAGGGCACGGAAAUUGGGCCUAUCAUUCCCCAUCGUGAUCUGAGACAAGGGAUCCUUUAUCCCCUAUCUCUUUCUUAUAGUAGCGGAAGGGCUAAGCAGUAUGUCGAGGAAGCAUGAGGCAGCAGGGCACGGGCGGAGCUAGGGGAGGGUCAACUCUGGCCCAGCCCAAAUUUUAAAAAUGUCUAAGUUUUUAGUGUAAAAAAUUUCGGCCUAGUCCGGCCCAGUGCCUUGGCCCCGCCCAAUCAGCAGGGUUGAUCCAUGAAGUGGCGGUUGUAAGGGGGCACCGAGGGUGUCGCAUUUAUUCUUGGCCGAUGAUAGCUUCCUUUUCUUUCGGGCUACGGAUGGUGAAGGUUCCAUUGUACAUGACACACUGAAGGAGUAUAAUAUGGCAUCGGGUCAGGCGGUUAACUAUGCAAAAUCCACAUUAUUUUUCAGCUCUAAUGUGGAACCAGGGACACGGGAAGGGUUAUCACAACUGUUUAUGGUGGGACCUGCGAAGCACGGAGCUCAUUAUGUUGGCCUGCCUUCGCUUGUUGGCCGCAAUAAAAAAUCUAUCCUGACUUUUGUUCGUGACAAAGUGGUUAGCAGGUUACAAGAAUGGAAUGUGAGAUUUUUGUCCAGGGCUGGUCGGGAGGUAUUACUUAAAACGGUGAUACAAGCAAUGUUGAAGUAUGCUAUGAAUGUUUUCCUUUUCCCAAAAGAGUUUUGUUUAGAAAUGGAAAGAUUAAUGAAUGGUUUUUGGUGGAAUGGUGGAACUAAUAGAGGUAUCCGGUGGACUAACUGGUAGGCAUUAUGCAAGCCUAAAAGCAAGGGUGGAAUGGGCUUUCGGCGGUUACGGGACUUUAAUAUUUCUAUGCUGGGAACCAACCACACUGGUGGGAAGGAUAUUCAAAGCUAGAUAUUACCCUCGCAGCUCUUUUAUUGAUUCAAAGUGUGGCUCUAACCCGUCAUACAUUUGGAGGAGCAUAUGGGAGGCCAAGCCUGCAAUAUUGGCUGGUUACCGGUGGCGGAUAGGAGAUGGGAAAUCAGUACAAGUUUGGUCUGACCCUUGGCUCCCGGCCUGAUCCAGUUAACCCGAGAGUUACAACAACCCCUCUGGGGGGCCUCGAAUUGUGUCGUGUAGAGAAUUUAAUGGAGAUUGGAGUGCGCAGGUGGGACGACUACGUUGUAAAGGACAUUUUCAACUCGAGGGAUAGGAGUCUGGUAGCUAGUAUCGCCCUUAGUUACAGAGAUGUCCCUCAAGAGUUGUUAUAGAUACUUGUGGGGUGAAGUCGAACAAGUAGGUUGGAAGGGGUGGACUAAAAUGUGGAACUUUUUUAUUCCCCCAAAAGUCAAGCAUUUCUUCUGGCAGGUUUGCUCCGUAAAGUUACCGACUACGGACCGUUUGCGAGGAAGAAGGGUGGAUGUUCCAGACAAGUGUGUGUUGUGUUUAGAUGGAGCGGAGUCUAGCAAUCACUUAUUCCUACAAUGCUCAUUAGCAAGGAGUUUCUGGGAGCAGAAGGGGUGGCUUGGAGUUGGCAGCAGACAUAUGGCAUUUUUAGAGUGGGUUAGGAAUUUUUUCUCAUCUAAAAAUGAAGAGCAAAGUUGUGAGAUGAUCAUGUUUUGCUGGAGUGUUUGGCAAUUUCGGAACAGGAAAGUGUGGCACAAUGAGAAUGUUGACAUGGACAAGGUUGCAGCUCUGUCUAGAGCUUUCCUUCAGGGGUGGCAGCAGGCUCAAUUCCAAAGGGGUGCAGCUCGGGGCUGAUGGUAAACGAGGGCUGGGUUGGGUUAUCCGGGAUUCCUCGGGGAUAUUUGUGGCAGCAGGAUGGCUGAAGCACUUGGAAUUCGGGAGGCCCUGAGUUGGCUGAAAGGCUUGCAAUGGGAUAAUAUCGAUAUUGAGUCGGAUGCGUUGCUAGUUAGUUCUGCAAUUCAAAUGGGGGGCGCGCGCGGCUGCUCUCAAUUUGGCCUAGUUAUUGAAGACAUUAAAGUUUCAAUUCGUGAUUUUAAUAGCAUUUCUUUUGCUUUUGUUAGGCGAUCUGUGAACCGUGCCGCUCAUGAUAUAGCUCGGGUGGUCGUUUCUAUGUCUGGUCGCCAAGAUUGGUUUCAUUUUCCUCCUCAUUGUAUAGUAUCCUUAAUGCGUUAACUUGUUAUUGCAAUGUAUUGCAAGUGUUUUAUGAAAAUAUUACUUAAAUAAAACUUAUUUACAU